GCAUGCCUUGAUGGGGCUGGCAAGAGAGAGAGAGAGAGAGAAAAGAGCAAAGCAAGGGUUUGAUUAUGGAUGUGUGUUCUUCCCUCACUCACAAAAUUUUCAGUUUCAGGUUUGACUCCAUUGUUAGCCCAACAGGGAAGAACAGGCUCUUCUUUCCCUCCCACCCCCACAAGGGCUUCUCCUUCAACGUGCCCGCUGCUGGAUCUACUGCUCAAGUUACCAAAUGCCAGGUUCGAGGUCCGGAGGGAGAAGACGACAGCGAGCCCAGCAUUGUCAACUCGGACUGGCGCGCCUUCCGAGCGAGGCUGGUUGCGGGGGAGCAAGCCACCAAGUCCAGCGCCGGCGCCCCCAACCAGUGGCCGGACCUGGGCCUGACGAAGCCCUCGCGCGUCGUCAUGCUGGGGCAGAAGUGGGCUCACCCGAUCCACGAGCCCGAGAGGGGCUGCCUUCUGGUGGCGACCCAGAGGCUGGACGGAGUGCACAUCUUCGAGCGGACGGUGAUCCUGGUGCUGUCCGCGGGCGCGGCCGGAGCGACCGGCGUCAUACUGAACCGGCCGUCGCUGAUGUCGAUCAAGGAGACGAGGUCGACGGACCUGGACGUGAAUGGGGUGUUCUCGGAUCGGCCGCUCUUCUUCGGCGGGCCGCUGGAGGAGGGCCUGUUUCUGAUGAGCGCUCCGGAUGAGGGGCUGGAGCGGGAGGGCGCCGCCGUGGCGUUCGACGAGGUGAUGAAGGGGCUCUACUACGGGAUGAAGGAGAGCGUGGGGUGUGCGGCGGAUAUGGUGAGGAAGAAGGUGGUGGGAUUGGGGGAUUUCAGGUUCUUCGAUGGCUGCUGCGGAUGGGAGAGGGAGCAGCUGAGCGAAGAGAUCGGUGCAGGGUACUGGAAGGUGGUGGCCUGCAGCCCGGGCGCCAUUGGGCUGUCCAGGGUUGGGAGCGUCUCCCUCUGGAGCGAGAUCCUUGGCUUGAUGGGUGAAAAGCAAGCCUGGUGAAGAAGAGUAUGUGACCUCGCCGCUCGAUCGAUCGCCGGCCGUCGCCGGCGCCGCCUCCUUAAGAAUGUACCUAUAACCUCUUUGUCAAUUCAUGAUAAUAAAAAUAGUAUGUAACGUUGUAACA